AUGGUUCAAUGGGACGGUGGAGUUUACUGGUGUGAGUCCAGAGAGGGAGCAACCAGUAACGUCACCACCAUCACUGUCACUGGUGGACCAGUGAUCCUGCAGAGUCCUGUCCUCCCUGUGAUGGAGGGAGAAGACCUCACUCUGACCUGUACAACAAAGAACUCCUCCAACCUCCCAGCUGAUUUCUAUAAAGAUGGAUCCUUCAUCAGGACUGAGCCUGCAGGUCACAUGACCAUCCACCAUGUUUCCAGGUCUGAUGAAGGCCUCUACAGGUGCAACAUCAGCAGUGUUGGAGAGUCUCCACCCAGCUGGGUCUCUGUCACAGGGAAACCAAAGACCACAGGCCCACAAACCUCUGCAGCUCUGCCCUCGGCCUCAGACCGCCUCCACCUUCUGUUAAGACUAGUCGUCCACCUGGUGGUGUUCUGUCCGUACUGCAUCUCUACUUUCAUCAUGGUGUCUUUAUAUCAAGACAGAGCCACAGGGAAUUACCUGCCCAUCUCCGUGGUGACGACCCCACCCACCCAGGCUGAGGAAGGAUUGGAAGAUUUCAUCACAGCUGUCACAACAGAACAUCACUUCUGA